CCCUCUCCCUGAUUUGUUGCCCCAUUUGAAAUUACAGCCAAGGCGAAUGACUUCCGAUUGACGAAGAAGGUUUCUUUUUUGGCCGCUCUUCCAGCUUUUCCGCUUUUUUGGCCGCUCUUCCUGCUCUUCCGUUUUUUGGCCACUUUCCCCUCUCUUCCGCUUUUUUGGCCCCUCUUCCUACUUCUCAGCUUUUUUGGCUCCUCUUCCUACUCCCCCCCUUUUUUGUUCCCUCUUCCAACGCUUCCCCUUUUUUGCUCCCCCUUUGCCCCGUAAAAUGACAAAGGGCAGCAAAUACACGAUAGACCCGAUCAGCGUGAAGACCGCGUGCACCAGCGAGGAGUCCUACAUUCGAUGCGUUGAAUAUGGCAAGGGGAAGGCGCAUUACCCCAAUUUGUCGCUGCUGGCCAAGGCGAUCCUGGCCGGCGUUUUCGUCGGCGUCUGCGCGCACGCCUCGGGGAUAGCAGGCGGCCACUUCUACUACCACAAGCUGCGAGAACACGUGGGGAUCUCGAUGAGCGCCUUCGUCUACGGAUUCACCUUCCCUAUAGCUUUCCUGUGCAUCAUAGCGACUGGAUCGGACCUAUUCACGGGGAACACCCUAGCCGUGACGACAGCGUUGCUGCAAAGGAAAGUCACUUUGCUGGAGUACCUACGAGUAAUGAGCAUCUCUCUCUUUGGCAAUUACGUGGGAGCAGUUUCCUUUGCCUUCUUCGUCUCCCAUCUAUCCGGGGCUUUCAAAAAACAUGAAGAAAUUGGCAAAAAUCACAUCUUUCAAUUUUUAAAUGAUAUAGCCGAGAAGAAAGUGAGCCACACGUUUGUCCAGUGCGUCUGUCUAGCGAUAGGUUGUAACAUUUUUGUUUGCCUCGCCGUUUACUUCGUUUUAACUAUUAAGGAUGGCUCCGGGAUGGUCUUCAGUGUGUUUUUUGCGGUAUACGCUUUCGCCAUCGCAGGAUACGAGCACAUCAUCGCCAACAUGUAUACGCUCAACCUCGCCCUCAUGAUUGAGGCCAACGUGGAUUGGACGAAAGCCUACGUGGAUAACCUGCUGCCGACGCUGAUUGGGAAUUAUCCUCUCCAUAGAAAUGCAAAACGGUAGCAGUGGCAGAUGAGGUGAACGGAUGGACCCCCUCCUGGCACACUGAACAUUGGAGCGAAAUUCCAGUUAACCUUUUUCCCCUGUCCCUGUCUUGUUCCUCACGUGAAAGCACGUCAGCAGUUGUAGCCACACGUGUGGCGGCAUGUACAGCCAAACGUAUGGCACUUCCAACCAAACGCGUGGCACUUCCAUCCAAACGUAUGGCACUUCCAUCCAAACGUAUGGCACUUCCAACCAAACGCGUGUGUUUCCACCCCGCUUUUUCCACGCACCCCUAUGUCUCUACCUCUUUAUGUGUAUCUUAUGAAGUGUAAUAACCCCUUUGCGUCCAUUUUUAAUUGAUUAUUUACCCUGGCUUUUUUCCCCCUAGUUGGUUAAUUUUUUUUCUUUUUUUUUUUUUUUCCCCUCCACUUCUCUGCCAACAUUUGCGUUGCACACCGGAUUGCUUCCCCCCUCUGCUGCGCCCGGUGUGCGAAACAAUUUUUUGGGAAUCUCCAAAUUGUAGAAAUAAGUAUGCCUCUUUCUUUUC